AGAGCAGGACGGAAGUAGGUACGUGGCUGCUUCAGCUGACAUUCUGCACGAUGGCGACAGAGGUUCAGAGCGGCGACCUCAACAGUGCAAAUUCAAGCCGGCUCGAAGUUUCUAUCGACGGUUUGACUUUAAGCCCAGACUCCGAAGGCGAGCAGGAGCAGGCCGAGACGCCCGAUGGCCAGUCGGCGGAGCAGAGCCACGAAAACCCUGAGCAGAGUGUCGAUGGGGAGGAGGGCGAACCUACCAGCAGCGCUAAUAUCGAGAGGAAAUGGGGCUUUGCUUUAGUCGAGCUCUAUGGGCUGGCGCUCAGAUUCUUUAAAGAGAAAGAUGGGAAAGCCUUCCACCCGACCUAUAAGGAUAAACUCCGUCUGGUAGCCCUCCACAAACAGGUGUUACAGGGCCCUUACAACCCAGAUGCUUCCCCUGAAGUGGGCUUCUUCGAUGUGUUGGGAAACGACCGCAGGAAAGAAUGGGCAUCUUUGGGAAACAUGGAGAAGGAGGAGUCCAUGCUGGAGUUUGUAAGGCUGCUGAAUAAAUGCUGCAAUUUAUUUGCACCUUUUGUUGCAUCACACAAGAUUGAAAAGGAGGAGCAAGAAAGAAAGAGGAGGGAGGAAGAGGAGCAGCGGCGCAGAGAGGAAGAGGAGUAUGAGCGAUUGCGGCAGGAGGAGGAGAGACGCAGACGUGAGGAAGAGGAAAGGCUGAGGAGAGAAGAAGAGGAGAGAAGACAAAUUGAGGAGGAGCGACUUCGUAUAGAGCAGCAGAAGCAGCAGAUCAUGGCAGCACUGAAUGCGCAGACAGCGAUUCAGUUCCAGCAGUACGCAGCGCAGCAGUAUCCUGAUAGUCCUGAACAGCAGCUCAUCCUCAUCCGGCAGCUGCAGGAGCAGCACUAUCAGCAGUACAUGCAGCAGCUCUACCAGGUGCAGCUCGCUCAGCAGCAGGCCGCUUUGCAGAAGCAGCAGGAGGAUGCUAUAGUCUUGUCUACAUUAGAGGCCAGUGAGGUGUCAGCACCUUGUGGAGAAGAGGUUCCUACAUUGAAUGGCCAGGCAGAGUCCACUACUGAUAGCAUAGAGAGAGACCAGGACCUGGAGCCUGCAGACGAGGUCACUGAAAAUGGACCCACUGACUCUCCUCCUGUAAUAGCUGCCCCCUCCAUGUGGACCCGGCCACAGAUAAAAGACUUUAAAGUUAAGAUCCGGCAGGAUGUGGACUCUGUGAUCACUGUGGGACGGGGGGAAGUGGUGACUGUCCGGGUCCCAACACACGAGGAGGGCUCCUAUCUCUUCUGGGAGUUUGCCACCGACUAUUACGACAUUGGCUUUGGGGUCUUCUUUGAAUGGACUGACUCUACAAAUGCUUCAGUCAGCGUGCACGUCAGCGAGUCUAGUGACGAAGAAGAGGAGGAAGAAGGUGAAGCCCAGUCUGAGGAAGAGAAGGCCAAGAAGGAGUCUGGGAAACCGCAGGUGGAUGAGAUCGUGCCGGUCUACCGGCGGGACUGUCAUGAAGAGGUGUAUGCUGGGAGUCACCAGUAUCCCGGCCGUGGUAUAUACUUACUCAAGUUCGACAACUCCUACUCGCUCUGGAGGUCUAAAACCGUCUACUACAGAGUUUAUUACACCAGAUAAGCCUGUCAAGACUGCAGGACAGGGACGUGUGUGUAUGUUGAAAGGAAGUUGAAAAGAUCAAAAUAAGGACAUUUACAAGAAGUCCACUACUGGGGGAGGGACAAAGAGAUUUAAAAUGAAUGCUUGUAUGUAUGUAUGUAUGUAUGUAUGAAUGAAUGUAUGUAUGUAUGUAUGUAUGGAUGUGUGUGUGUGUGUGUGUGUGUGUAUGCAAAAUUUAUGAGUGUGUCUGUCAUGCUGUUUGAGUCCAGGAGGAUUGAGCCUCUGUUUUGCACUCUAAAAGAUUUUGUGCUUGAUAUCACUGUCCUUAAACUCAGCGUGACUAACUUCAUCUUCUAAUUUCAUCCAAAGAGGUGCAGGACAAUUGCGUGUAUACUGAUUAAAGCAACCUAUGAUUAGAGAACAGGCAACGGAGUAAACACUAACACCUUUCUCCUGGAGGACUCCCUCAUUUAGGUCAACGCUGAGUAAUUCAGCCAAUGGCAUGCUUCUGUACAUUUUUCUCCCCCAAAUCAGGAUGCAGGACCGCAGUGUGGGAUCAAAGAAACGGAACGGACUUUUCUAACAAAGGAUCUGGAGGCCUUUAACGAAUGGAGAUUUUCUUUUUCUUUUUUUUUCUAAACAAGAUGGAUUGUGUCUAAAACAUUUAAUAUUUAUUAAUCUCUGUGCUAGAGUAGGGUCAUGUAUGUGUCUGUCAGUCUUCUAACAUUUAUCUUGUCUCUUCAUCGUUGGAUUCUACGCUUCCACAGAGCCCCUCACUUUUAUUUUUUCCUAUUUCGUUUGUAGUCUUCGUUUGUAGUCUUUCGUUUGUAGAAGUAUUGACUUUUAACCUGCACCGCUAAUAGUUUGCGAUACCCUUGCCUUUCAGUUGCGUCGUUUCUUUGCUUCAUGCAUGCAGUUACAAACAGCCAUGAAAGAACUUGCGUUUCUAUUUCUCACACUUGGUUCUUCACUUCAGUAACAAGCAUCUCUCAUCGUCCAUUAUAUUAAUAAAGAAGUGUUUGUAUAGCCGAUUGAUACUAACUAUCAAAGUCAUUUACGUUUGCUGAUUAACAUGUUCUGUUAUUUAUUGGACUGUUCAGUGCAUUGAAGAAUAUAACUGAAAAUUUUGCGGACUGUAUUUUUUAGUUUUUUUUUUUUUUGCUUCGGAGAUAUCUGCUAAGCCACUCUGGAUUUGUCACUGGCUGUGUCGUCGAGUGAAAUGUGUCGCGUUUAUGAUUGUACGUCAAAGACUGCUAUCCGACUGUGAUUAAACGUUGUCCAUGUAUAUACGGAUGCUGUUACACUGUGUUCACUUGAUGAAUAAAGAAAGCAGUGCGUUCGGGAGUUUCAGAGCUGAUGAUGAUGAUGAUGAUUCAGUGUUCAUGGAGAAACAGUCAUGCUAAAGCUGUCCAAAGACUACAUCCAUGUCACAUGUACAGUCGAUUGCUUACAGAAGUUUCUGUGUUGUGUGUUUGCUUUGUUUUUCACAUUUUGUAAUGCUGAUUUCGGGCCUUUUGUAUAGUGAAGUGUAACAUCAGGCGGACAGCUUUUUGGGGAAAAAAUGCAAGAAGCCGUUGGAUGGUUCAUCUGAAAAAUUAUCUUCAUAUUUAAAGUGGAAAAGCCAGUGAUUUGUCAGAGCGUAAAGGCAUGAAGUGUUUUUGUAUUGGUUUCGCUAGUGUGAUCUGAUGUGUAUGCAUUCGAGGGUGAGUGUCUUGAAGCGUAUAUUUGAUUAAACUUGCGUUCCUCUCUGUA